CUCAAAAAAAUGCUGGGUUGUUUCUGUAAACAAAUUGUUGGGUUGAUUGUGCUGGGUCAAAAAGUUGGGUUGUUUGGGGUACUGUAAACACAUUAUUGGGUUGCUCAUGCUGGGUAAAAUGAUUUGUAACGGGGUCAUUCACAAAUAAACAGUUGGUUGGGUUAUUUUGACCCAGCAACUGGUUUAUUACUUUUUCAUUAUUUGCGGAACUUUCUGGAUUCUUCACUUCUGACUGGAGGAGGCACGCAUUCGGAGCGGGCAGUGUUUUAUGUGACUGCUGCCACUCAUGGACACGUUUGUGAGAGGAAAAUUGUCUGAAUGGCAGCUUGAAAAUCUUAUAGACACCUUUAAAGACCAGGAAGUGGAUGAGGAGAGUUUCCGUUUGCUGGAUGAUAAUGCAAUCGCCUGCCUUAUUCCUAAAAUAGGACAGCGUGUCAGAUUUCAGAAAAAUCACAAGGAACUUGUGAGUAAAAUGCAGUAGUAGGUUUUAUUUGAAGCAAGUCAGUUUCUGUUCUUAUCCAGACACCACUCUGUUUUAGACUUUUCCUUUGUAUAAUAUUACUGACCAGGUGGAUAGUGGUGGGGUGAGCAUUGUAAGAACUGUUGUCCUACGAACAUAGCUUAAUAAUGCCAUAUACAUGCUUCCACUGCAAACAAGUAAUACCCGGUCAUGCAAAAGGUCUGUUUAUUCACCUGAGAGCAGUGCAUGGGAUAAAUUAUGCUUCAACAUUCUUUCAGUGCUGCGAAGAUGGUUGCAGGCGGACUUUUAGAUACAUUCGAUCUUUCCGAAGGCAUCUUCUUCAGCAUUCUGUCCCAGAAAAGCAUUACCGUCCAGAACAGCAUUUCGGGGGGAGCACAGGAGCAUCUGUGCAGGGCCUCUCACGUACCAUAAAUGCAGAAAUGCAGAAUGCAGAAAUUGCAGAUUUAGAGACACCAACUCAAGAAAACAAAGAUGAUGAUUACUGGGAUGAGUUGGAACCAGAAACCAUAACAGAGCGGAUAGCUCUGUUUUUAGCCACCCUUAAAUCAAAAUCAGCUCAGACCUACAGUACAGUUAGCUUUGUUGUCCAACAGACAUCAAGCUUGAUUUCAGACAUUGUUGGUUCACUUCAGAGUAAGACUUUGUCUCUGUUUGAAAAAUUAGGUCAUAAGGAUGAUUCAGGGGUCCAAAAACUUGCCUGUGAUUUUGAAGAAGCUAAAAGUCCUUUCAAAGGAUUAGAAUCAGACUUUAAACAGAUGCAGUAUUUUACAAAGUCAGGCAACUUCAUUCACCCGAUAGAGGAGGCUUUGCCUGGAGUCUCCUAUGUGCAGAGAAGGGACUCUGCUACUGGGACAGUACGACAAGUUGCGGUUCAAGAUGUGUUUUAUCGCGUCCCACUGAAACCCCUUUUGACUAAACUGCUUGAGCUCCCUGGCAUUUUGGAUGCCAUCUUUACUUGGCAGCAAAGAGAAAAUGGAGUCCUUUUAGACUUUUAUGAUGGUGAGUAUUGCAAACAGCAUCCUCUCUUAUCCAGCAAAGUGUCUGUUCCACUUCUUUUGUACAAUGACGACUGUGAAACAGUCAACCCACUUGGUUCAAAAGUUGUGGUGCACAAGUUGGGGUUUCUUUACUUCACAAUUAAGAGUCUGCCCCCAGAGUUUCUGUCAAAACUUUCAUCACAUUUUCUGGUUGCAGUUUACAAAUCAGAUGAUGCCAAAACAUAUGGUAUUGAUAGUGUUCUGCUCCCAGUCAUAGAGGAACUGAAGGAUCUUGAGGUCAAUGGUAUAACCCUCAACACACCACACUUCAAGGGUGAAAUGCGGUUUUCAGUUGCCCAGUUGUGUGGGGACAAUCUUGGCUUAAAUGCCAUUCUUGGAUUUACAGAGAGUUUCUCAGGUAAUUACUUCUGUCGCAUUUGCAAGGCACACAAAACCACUACAAGGGCACAGACAAAAGAGGAUGUUUCUCUGCUGAGAAAUAAAACAAACCAUGCUGAAGAUGUUCAUCUUGCCAACUUGUCAGAAACAGGUGUUAAGAGAGACAGUAUUCUGAAUAAUCUGUGCUACUUCAAUGUGACACACAACCAGGUUGCAGAUGUCAUGCAUGACUUGUUGGAAGGGGUGGGACCAUAUGAGUUGAAGUUAAUACAGAGUAUUAACUUCAACUCACUGAUUGAGGACAAACACCUCACCCUUGAAAAACUCAACUUCCGAAUCACAAGUUUUGAUUAUGGCUUUCCUGAUCUGAAGAACAAGCCAUCUGUAAUUGGUAGGCAUGAACUUAAAAAUCCUGAAGGAGCAAUGCAUCAGUCUGCAGCCCAAACAUGGUGUCUCCUCAGGUUAUUGCCGUGUAUGAUUGGAGACCUCAUACCUGAAGAAAACGAGCACUGGGAACUCUUGCUUCUCCUUCUGGAAUGCAUGGAAUUGAUUUUCUCGCCAUCUCUCACACCAGAAGCUGCAGUUUACUUGGCUGCCAUCAUAGAUGAGCAUCACUCUCUGUUUCUUGAGCUGUACCCUAAUUUGCAUCUUCGUCCGAAGCACCAUUUUAUGGUCCACUAUCCUAAUGCAAUUUUGAAGUUAGGACCCCUGAUACAGUUCUGGUCUAUGCGAUUUGAGGCUAAACAUGGCUUUUUUAAACGCAUCAGCCAUGUCACCUGUAACUUCAAAAAUAUCUGCAAGACCAUGGCAUUUCGACAUCAGAUGAUGCAGUGCUACUCCCUUCUUUCUGGUUCUGUGUUCAAAAGUGAAACAGAAGUUGGCCCAGGUCACAGCACUUUGCUUGCUGUAAUGGAUGGUUUUGGUGAUGUACAAAGUGGACUUGAAGAUUUCCCACCUUUUACAGAAACUUUUAUUCCAGCUUGGAUAAGGGUAAAUGGUACACAGUACAAGCCUGGCAUGACAGUAUUUCUGUCCUACACUGCUGAUGGUGAGCCCCAGUUUGGUCUUGUGAAAAAGAUUCUAGUCUUGGAUCACUCAGUCAAGCUUGUAGUCCAAAAUUCUCUCCUGGACCAUCACCCUCUGCAUGCAGUGCAGUCCUACAGAGACAAUGACAUUUGCUUAUAUGUUUCACUUAGAUACAGAAUCUUUUAA